AUGGGGGUCUUCCACUCGUCAGAGGCUCAAGAAGGAAAGGGUUUCAAACAAAACUCACGUUUUUACUUACAUCCUGGCUCAGCAAACACAUUUUCAGUGGUUUCUCCAGACUUAGGAGGUUUACAUUCUGUUUUUGUUGAGCAUGACAGUUUGAGAAAAACCGACAGCUGGCUCCUGGAAAGUGUACAAGUCUUUCAUCCUCUUACUAAGAAACGUUACAUGUUUAUGUGUAACCACUGGUUUUCCUUAUAUAAGGAAGAUGGCCUUAUAGCACGUGAAUUAUUUGGGAUACGAAGUGCAAAAACAAAAUACUCCAUUGUAACCGUGACCGGAGAUCAAGAAGGGUCUGGAACAAAUAGCAAGGUAUAUAUAACAAUUUAUGGAAGGACUGGAAUUACUCCCAGAAUAGAAUUAAGCCAAGAAAAUAAAAGUACAGGAAAAGAUAUCUUGUGCGCACCCUUUGGACGUGGUACAAGUACAAAAUUUAUCGUCAAAGCUCCUAAUGUUGGUGCCAUUACAAAUAUUCGUAUAAAGCAAGAUGAAUCGGGAAACGAACCACAUUGGUUUUUAGAACGUGUUGUAGUUACUGAUAUGUCUUAUCCCCAAUGGACUUAUUAUUUCCAUCUUUCAUGUUGGCUUUCUAGCAAGUAUGGUGACGGUAAAUCAUGCAGAUUUAUCCGAGGCUAUAGAGAACCUACUGGAACAGGUGUUGAAACAGAAUAUAAACUAACAUUUUAUACAUCCGACCAAAAGGAUGCUGGGACAACGGGUGAGGUAUAUGUAAAACUUUAUGGGGAGAAAGACUCGAGCAGAGAAAUAUGGGUUAAUUCUAUCCAGCAGACAAACAGAGGACAAUCAACAUCUUAUCAUUUCACUCGUGGAUCAACCGUGGAAGUUUAUUUACCACCAUGUCCCCAGUUAGGUGAGAUAACUAAACUUAAAGUUGGACACAAUGGAGCUGGUUCAUCUCCUUCAUGGUUUCUAAACAAGGUGAUUGUAGAUGAUUUAAGAAUGAAUCGUGUAUUUGAGUUUCCAUGUUAUGCAUGGAUUACUAAACCAAGUGAAGCGAUAAUUAUGUGUCGAAAAUCAAUCAAAAAAGAAGAAAAGGAAAUUAUUUGGCAGAAGAUACCAUUUGAAAUUCGCUUGUACACCGGUGACGUACCUAAUGCAGGAACGACCGCUAGAGUUUGCCUUCAAUUAAGUGGUCCUGAACAAAUAACCAAUAGUAAACCUCCUUAUUCAAAUUACCAGGUAGCUAACACUACUGUACAGAAAGGAUAUGAUAUGAAACUAGACCAUAUAGAUCAGAAAACCACUUUUGAAAAUAAAGAGGAUGUAUAUACAACUCCAUACAUAUGGCUGGAAGAUGGUAAUUAUGAGAGAAAUGGUGUUGCAUUAUUUUCUAUUGAUUUGCCGGUACCAAAGUUUAUCAGUCCUCUAUCCCAGCUGGUAAUAGGACAUGACAAUACUGGUCAUUCCCCAUCAUGGUUCCUUGAUAAGAUUCAAAUAUAUUGUCCUCUGAAUGGUGUCGAACAAACUUUCUUAUAUCGUAAAUGGUUAACAAAUAAUAAACCAGGCAUGAAAGUUGAACAGAUACUAUAUGAAGAAAAAUCUCUAAGAAAAUAUACUGAUAAAAAAAUACCAUGGGAAAUUUCAGUGAAAACCAGCCCAAUAGCAAAUAAUUAUGUGACAGCUGCUGUUAGCGUUAUUAUAUUUGGUAGUAAAGAUAAAACUACGAAAAUUCAUCUAAAUCGUUCAAAUUUAGAAGUAUCUUCCGAGUGGACUAAAGUACCAAAGAAUGAAAUGGUAGAGAUGUUUAAGCCAAAUGUUGAGUCCAAAUUUCGUAUUUACAUCAAAGAUAUUGGUAUUCCUUGUAAACUAAGAGUUGCACAUGAUAACAAAGGGUCAAAUCCAAACUGGCAUCUUCAAGAGAUUCUAUUAACUAAUCUUAGGACUCACGAGCAAUACGAGUUCUACUGCAAUCGUUGGUUAAGUACUCGUGAAGAUGAUGGGUCUAUUUUGCGAGAGAUCCCAGCUAAAGGUCCUGGAAUAACUAAUCCGUUACCACUUUAUCAUUACAUACUUCAAAUAUUCACUGGGAAUAAACCAAACUCUGGUACUAAUGCAAAUAUAUUUAUAAAUAUAUUUGGUGAAAAAGGUGACUGUGGUGAAAGAUGGCUUGGACAUUCAGUUAAUCGAAACUCAGAGUUAUUUCAACAAAAUCAAAUGGAUGAAUUUGUUAUUGAAGCAGUUCAACUGGGUUCAAUCUCCAAAAUUUGUAUCGGUCAUGAAGAAAGAUCACCUGGAUAUGGUUGGUAUUUGGCAAAAAUAGUAUUAACCAUUAAAGAAAACCCUAAAUACAAGCUUACAUUUGAGUGUUAUCGAUGGUUUGAUGUCGGAGAAGACGAUGGACAAAUUGUUCGCGAAUUGUUUGCUCACAGUUCAUUAAAUGCUAUUGCAUAUAAUGUAACAGUAUUAACUGGUUCAUGUCGAAAUGCUGGAACUGUAGCAAAUGUAUUCGUUCAUUUGUAUGGACUACAAGGUGAAAGUAAAGAUAUGCAACUGAAGCAUAAAGAGACAGAAAUUACAAAGUUUGAAGCUGGAAAAUCUGAAGAAUUCAUUUUAGCUUGUGGAAAACUUGGUGAAAUAAAGAAAAUCAAAAUCUGGCAUGAUAGUAUUGCCCCACAUUCAGGCUGGUUCUUGGAUGAAGUAGUUGUGAUUGAUUAUUUUCUCGGACGUCGAUAUGUAUUCCAUGUAAAUAGAUGGUUAGCUAAAAAUGAAGCCGAUGGACUAAUAUCAUUAGAGUUACAGCCAACAAGUAUCAUUAACAUAGAAAGAAUGAUCCCAUACGAAAUCAUUAUAUUCACUGGUGACAGAAGUGGUAGUCAGACAAAAAGUAUUGUCACUGUUCAACUGUAUGGAACACCAUUGAAGAGAAAAACUGAAAUUAUACGAUUGUCAAGAACACAACAUCAUUUCAAAUUCGGUCAACCAGAAGCAUUUCGUAUAUUUGCACCCGAUAUUGGACCUUUACAGAAAUUAAUAGUUGAACGUGAUGGGACAGGUUUAUCGGAUGGAUGGUUUUUAGAAAAAGUUCUCAUAAGAAAGCCAUCUAACUUCUUUCAAAAAAUGAAUCGUUCCCCAACAGUUAGCCCAGUUAGAUCACUAACGAGUCAAGUAUCUAAAGAUAAAACCGAUCACCAAAUUAAUCGCAUGAUACCGCAGAAAGGUUCUGAUCAGUUAAAUGUUCCACAAACUGAUAAAAAUCUUGAUGGUUCACCAUCUAUAAUCUCCGUCCCUGAAGAAAUAAAAGAUGCAGAAGGAGCUGAAAACUAUUGGUUCUUUUUCAAUGCUUGGUUGUCCAAACAAUAUGAUAACAAACAAAUGAACUGUGAAAAAUUUUCUUCCACUGAAAAUGGCAAACCUUUACAAAGUCUUAUGGAGUCUUCUUAUGAAGUAAUUGUAAAAACUGGUGAUCGUAAGUAUGCAGGUACCGAUUCACAUGUUUAUUUAACAUUGUUUGGAAUAAACAGUGAAUCAAAAGAAUAUCAUUUAGCAAAUUCAAAAACUCAUAACAACAAAUUCGAACAAAAUCACGAAGACAUAUUUAAUCUAAAUUCAAUAGGUUUGGGCUCAUUAAAAAAGGUUCGAGUACGACAUACCAACACAGGUAUCGCGCCCGGUUGGUUUUUAGAUUGUAUUUUAAUUCGUGAAAGUAUUCAACAAAAGAAACUGGAAUAUUUUUUUCCUUGCUAUCAAUGGUUAUCUGCUACAGAAUUAGAUGGUUUGGUUAUUCGGGAGCUUUCUGUUGCUUCAGAAAAUAUUUUUGAAAGGUGGAAGUCUGGCCAUGAUAUUUUUGACGAUUCAAGACUUAUUCUAGAAGACCAAAGUACAAUUUAUCAUGUACGCAUUCAUACGGGAUCCCAAUCCAACAUCAGUUCAGAUGCUAAUGUUCAAAUACAACUUUACGGUGACAAAGAUUUUACAGGGAAUGUUAGGCUUUAUAAAGCAUAUUAUGGAAAAGAAGAUAUACUUGUGAAUAAAUUUCAAGCUGGCCAAAUAGCAGAUUUUAUUGUUAAAGCAAUAAAUAUUGGCAAUAUAAAAAAAAUCAGGAUUGAGCAUGAUACAGCUGGAGGAUCCUCUAGAUGGUUUAUUGAACGCGUUGAAGUUGAAGCGAAAAAACUAGGACUUUUAUGGAAAUUUGAAUGCAACCGAUACAUUACACCACAACAACCUGAACUAAUAUUGUAUCCUGAACCAAAAGAUAUAUCAUUUGUCAAACCUAUGACUAACUAUCAAAUCAAAACAUUUACAAGUGAUAUUUCUGGCGCAGAAACAACAAGUAGUGUAUACAUACAACUAUACGGAAAUGAUGGUUUGCCAAGUUCCAUAAAACGUCUACAUCAGAAUAAUGAUAGUGAACACAGAUUUCAACGUAAUAAAAUUGACACAUUUUAUGUGGAAUUAGAAGAAUUACAAGAACCAUUCAGUAAAUUAAGAAUAUGGCAUAAUGAUAAAGGUAGUUCAACAGAUUGGCAUUUGAAUAAAGUCGAGAUCAGGAAAAUUAAAACACAGCAAUAUGUCUUCGUUACUUACAUAUUCCCAUGUAAUAAAUGGCUUUCACGUAAUAUGGAUCAGGCUGCAUUGGAACGUGAGCUAAUUCCAAGUCACAUGCUUCAAGACCAAAAUGGUAUAUUGCAAUUUGAAAGACAAAUAUCACCAAAAUGGUUAAUGAACACUUAUGAAGUAAGAAUAAUCACUGGUGAUAAAGUCUACGCUGGAACUGAUGCCUCUGUUUACAUCACACUGUUUGGUGAAAAUAGUGAUAGUGGUGAACGUAAAUUGACGAAAUCUCUAACACAUCGAAACAAGUUUGAACGUGGACAGACAGAUGUAUUUCAGUUGGAGAUAGUAGAUUUGGGAAAAAUUAACAAAGUGCGCAUAAGACAUGAUAAUUCAGGUGUUAAUCCUUCAUGGUAUUUAUCUAUGAUUGAAGUCUUCAAUAUUUCAAAAUCUCAAAGUGUACAUGGCUUAAAAGAUCAACCCAACGAAACUCAUCAUCUAGUGAAGUAUACAUUUAAUUGUGAAGCUUGGUUAUCCACCGAACAUGACGAAAAAGUCGUGGACAGAUAUUUUUCAGCUGAAAUCAUUAAACCACAAGAUACACCUAGUAUCGUACCAAAAAUUACCAAAGAUGUUGUGCCUCAUAAAUCAAUACAAGAUUUGUCUCAAGAAAAACGAACUCUUGAAACUAUUCCUUAUUUGAUUACGGUUAUUACUGGUUCCGAUAGGAAAGCUGGAACGCCUGGUCCUGUAUGGAUUUGCUGUGUUGAUAAAAAUAAAAUGAAUUCAGAAAAGUUUAUUCUAUGCGAUUGUUAUAAUAGAACAAAGUUAAAAAGAGGAACUACAAGGUAUUUUCGAUUCACAGGUGCUAAAAUUAAUGAUUUGACUGAAAUACAAGUUGGAAAUGAUGCUCCAGAAAGUCUUUCAAUGGGUUGGUACAUGCAAUCUUUAUACCUAUCAUUCCCUACAAUUGGAAAAAUGUAUCCGUUUAACUGUAAGGAAUGGCUAUCGACAAAUCGUGGCAAUAAAAAACGAACUUGUAAUCUGAAAAUUUCAAAUACAAAUAUAGUCAAGUUUAAAGCAAAAAUUACUUAUCGUUUGAAAAUAACUACAGCUAAUGUCAAGAAGGCCGGCACAGAUUGUAGCAUAAAUCUUCAAAUUUUCGGUACAAAUGGUGUAACAAACUGCUAUACUUAG